CGGAAAAUGGUUAAAUCAGGACAGGGUGGACUUUAUACUGUACAAUUAGCUACACUGGGAUUUCAAGUUAAAUACCAGAGGUUGAGGAAAGUCUUGGAAAGCACAGUCUUCCUGCUGCUGGAGUAGCGCCAUCUAACCAUGUGGCUUUUUCAUUUUUUGCUAACUUUUGACCUGAAGGGACUAUUCCUAUUUAUUCUUCUGUUUAUUCUAAUAGCAGACUACCUCAAAAACAGGAGUCCACCUAAUUUUCCUCCAGGACCAUGGGGUCUACCCAUCGUGGGGAAUGUCUUGAGUGUGGAUGGCAAACACCCACACAAUUAUUUCACCAAGCUGUCUGAAACCUAUGGGAAUGUGUACAGUGUCCGCAUGCGUGGUGAUAGGAUAGUGUUUGUGUGUGGCUACAAGAUGCUGAAGGAAGCCAUAGUAACACAAGCUGAAAGCUUCGUGGAUCGACCAUACAGUGCAAUGUUUGAAAGGUUUUACUUAGGAGCAUCAGGUGGUCUAUUUGUGAGCAAUGGUGAAACAUGGAGGAAACAGCGACGCUUUGCUUUGUCAACCCUACGUACCUUUGGAAUGGGCAAAAACAUCACAGAACAGAGUAUCUGUGAGGAGCUCCGACACCUGCAAGAAGAGAUGGAGAAGGAAAAAGGUCGACCUUUCAACCCAGCAACCCUCUUCAACAAUGCUGUAUCCAACAUUAUUUGCCAGAUGGUGAUGGGAAGAAGGUUUGACUACAAUGACCACAACUUUCAGAUCAUGCUGAAGCAUCUGGCUGAGAUUCUUCGCUUGGAGGGCUCCGUAUGGGCUCUACUCUAUGAUUCCUUCCCCAGACUGAUGAAACACCUGCCAGGUCCUCACAACCAGCUCUUCAGCCAUCAUGUCACAAUCCAAGACUUCUUUAAAAAGGAGGUGAACAGGCAUAAGAAGGACCUGGACCGCAACAAUCCUCGAGACUACAUUGACACUUUCCUUAUUGAGAUGGAGAACUACAAAGAGGGUGAACUGGGCUUCACCGACACAAAUCUGGCUCUGUGCUCUAUGGAUCUGUUCCUGGCUGGAACAGAAACAACCUCCACCACUAUGCUGUGGGCUUUGGUUUACCUCAUGAAAUAUCCUGAGAUCCAGGAGAAAGUCCAGGCUGAGAUAGACAGAGUGAUCGGACAGAACCGCCAGCCCUCCAUGGCUGACAGACCACACAUGCCCUACACUGAUGCCGUCAUCCAUGAAGUUCAGAGGAUGGGAAAUAUUGUUCCACUCAAUGGACUCAGGAUGUCUUGCAAGGAUACAACACUGGGUGGUUACUUCAUACCAAAGGGUACAUCCUUGAUGCCCUUUCUGACCUCUGUGCUGUUUGACAAGAACGAAUGGGAGACUCCAGACACCUUCAAUCCAGGACACUUCCUAGAUGCUGAAGGGAAAUUUGUGAAGAGAGAAGCAUUCCUGCCUUUUUCUGCAGGGAAACGUGUGUGUCUUGGAGAAGGCCUCGCCAAAAUAGAACUGUUCCUUUUUAUGGUCGGUUUAUUGCAGAAGUUCUCUUUUUCUGUUCCUGUUGAAGUUAAGCUGACUACAGAAGGCAUUACUGGAACUACUCGUGUACCUGUUCCAUUCAACGUUUGUGCAAAGGCCCACUGAAUUAUGUAACAUCUCACAAAACCAUUCUCCAAUUAAAUAACAUGUAGCUGAGGAAACUGAGCAAAUGCUUUAGUAGAUAAAAAUGUAAUUACUUUUUAAUGAGAGAUUUUUAUCCCUGGAUGAUUGAACCUGUUCAUUCUCUCCCUCUACAAUAAAUUUUCUGUCACAAAGUUGUUUUCACACAACAAUGUUCUUGUAUUAUUAUCCCUAUUAACAAAAUCUAUAUAAAGAUUUUGUAAACGGGCACACCGAAAAAUUAUAAGGCUGUACUGUUUUUUUUGUAUCAAUCAGUUAUGUGACUGAGUAGGCCAUUUGUUUACAGUGAACACCCAUUUGAAAACAUCUGUUAAUGACUAAUAAAUGAUUUGAUGAUUUAUGUCAUAAA